GUUCUUCCAGAAGUCAAUGAGCCAAGAACAAAUGCUGGGAAGAGUUUCCUGGGGUGCACCACUUUCAGAGUGAAGGAUCUGGUCAAAACAAAGGAACAGCCCCUGUCUCUUAAUCUCAAAACCUUAAAUGGUAGAAAGAAAAUUGGAAGUAUUGAAGUGAGUUUGGUGAAGAUGGGGGAGAUACAGAAUGGGGAAGCGGAUCACAUCACGACAGACGCACAAGGACAAAAGUGUGCUUUGGUGUGCGAGUGUUCGUCACCUGAAACAUUAAGUGGGAUUGACAAUCUGCCUCUACUAAAUGCAGUGUUAAAGAAUCCAAUCUACAAGUUCUACAGAUUCCCCGCAUCUGACAACAAGUGGAUCUGUGUUCGGGAGCAGAUGUCAGAGAGCAUCAUGUCUUUCCAUAUCCCAAAGCAACUGCUAACCCUGUAUUUAAAAGAAGACACCAGAAGAAUUGAUGAACUAAAGGAACUUGGUGACCUCUCUCCACAUUGGGACAACCUGCGGCAAAGUGUAAUAACUCAUUAUGAAGAGAUGGUGUCCAUCUACAAGGAAAGCCUUACAGAGCUAGAAAAAUAUACAGGGUCUUCUUUCAAAUCCAGCUGUACUAAAGGAGAAAAGAGUUUAGAAUUUGUUCCAAUUAAUCUCCAUUUGCAAAGAAUGCGUGUUCACAGCCAAAAGCUAAAAGAUGCCCUCUAUGAUGUCAUUACCACUGGAGCCCCAGCAGCACAUUCUCAGGGAUUUAAGAGUGGCGGCCUCAGGAGACUUCUCACUAGGUUUGAGACAGAAAAGCGCAAUACUGGGUACCAGUGUAUUUACUAUUCACCUGAAAACACGGCAAAGGCAAAAGAAAUUUUAAGUAACAUCAAUCACCUGCAACCUCUUAUAUCAAGCCAUACAGACCUCCUGCUUAAUUCAGCAAGACAGCACACUGCGGACAGCCUGAAGAACUCUUUAAAAAUACUCAAGGAAACGACAGAGUUAUUUGUCCAUUCGUUCAAGGACCAGCUUGUAAGUAAUGCUCUUCUGGCACUGUACACUGCUCGGCCAGGCUGUGCAAAUAAAAAGCUCACAGACCCAAGAAUAAGCACUGAUGAGAAUGAUCUUCAGGGUCAGGAGUCUGUGAAUCCUAUAUCAAGGCAAGAUUCUAUACCUCACCACUCUGAAUAUGAUGAGGAGGAAUGGGAUAGGGUGUGGGCCAACGUAGGGAAGAGCCUUAACUGCAUUAUUGCCAUGACAGAUAGGCUACUUGAAAAAGAAGACAGCACAAAAGAUGAUGAAGUGGUUUCUUCAGAUGAAGAUCUCCUCAUAUCACACAUAAAUGAAGACUGGUAUGAACAGCUCUACCCUCUGAUAAUUACACUAAACGACUGUGUAGCAGAAGUUGUGGAGAAGGCGAAGGCUUCAAUGACUUUUGUUGUGCUGCAAGAGCUGGCGUGUGCUUUGCCCCAGUGCCUGCGCCUCACAUUCAGAAGAGAUGUGGUUUUCAGCCAAGCCCUUUCAGGAUUGGUCUGCGGAUUUAUAGUUAAGCUGCAUUCAAGUUUACACAAUCAGGGCUUUCUACAGCAGCUCCACACAGUGGGGUUACUAGUACAAUAUGAAGGUCUUCUGAGCACAUAUAGUGAAGAAAUUGGGAUGCUGGAAGAUAUGGCUGCCAGCAUUUCAGAUCUGAGGCACAUAGUAUUCAGAAUAACAGAGGCCAAAUCAGAUGACUUCCUGCCCCUUGUGACUGGAAGACGAGAACACUACGAGGUGGAGGUCAGGCUUCCAACAAAAAUGUUUGAGCUGCUUCCGCAACAGAUCAAAGACGGAAAACCGCUCAGUGUUUACCCAGUGCUUUUUAAUAUUGGAAUUAAUGAGCAGCAAACCAUAGCAGAAAGGUUUGGUGACACCUCUUUGCAAGAAAGUAUUAACCAAGAGAAUGUUGAACAUUUGGAAGAGUAUUACAGGCUGUGCACAGAUAAAACCUCUCCAGACUGUCCGCAGUUAUUCAAUGAUCAAAGUGACCUAAAAGAACUCCUGGAGAAUCUUCACCAAAACACUCAUGCCAAAAAAAGGAAGAAUGUAGAAAUCAUGUGGCUGGCAGCUACUAUCUGUCGAAAAAUGAAUGGAGUUAGAUUUACCUGCUGUAAAAGCGCCAAGGACCGAACUUCCAUGUCAGUGACAUUGGAGCAGUGCUCAGUCUUGAGAGAUGAACAUGAUCUUCACAAAGACUUCUUUGUCCGGGCUCUUGAUUGCAUGAGAAGAGAAGGAUGCCGCAUAGAGAAUGUGCUGAAGAAUAUCAAAUGCAGAAAGUAUGCUUUCAACAUGAUACAACUGCUGACAUUUCCAAAGUACUACAGACCUCCAGAAGGGACAUACGGCAAACUUAACAAUUGAGUGCAUUUAAGCAUUAACAAUGGCACAUAUUGUCCGUGACAAAGCACAGAAUGGACAAAUCAAUAUCAUAGUGCGAACUGGGAUAUUCCUCAUACACUAGAUCAGGUUAAGGACAGUGAUUUGCCAAAAGAACUAAGGAAAGCACAACUUGCACAGCCCACAUUCGUAGGACAAAAUUAGGACUGCAGAUUGUAAUAACACGAAUUAGAAGCAAAGUGAUAUGCAUGGUGAUGGUAUGCCAGCACUUAACCUUCUUUAACUACCAAAGCCCAUGAUUGUCAGGUUGUGAUUCUGUAAUAUUUAAGGCAGGGGUAUUGUAAUACAGGUAAAAUGUUUUGCUGAAAGAUGCUCACAUGCAUUCUAAGCACGGAAUGUAAUCAGUUCUGGCUCGAGCAUUUCAAUUGCACAAGCGCUCUUAUGCCAUUGGAAUGAACCCAGUUUGUGCAAAUUCUUGGGAAUAUGACCAAAUGAUACACAAAUUCAUUGUAAAUAAUGUCAUCCUAUUUAUUUGUAUAAAUGAUGGUGAAAAGCACCAGCUGUUCUAUACAUUUCAAUUCUGGUUUCCAUUAAAUAUAUAUGCUUAUUUCUUUACAUACCCUGAACCACAUUAGAAUCGUGUA